AUAAGAUCUCUUGCGAAUAUAACUGCUAGGCAAAGUAAAUAGAUGGAGGGCAAAUCUAAGAUUCAUCACAACACUGAAGAAGAUUUAAAAUUAUCGGGUUCUGAGCAACUGACUCUUGCUGCGCGAGGCUAUCGAGUUAUAAAAAAAGUUAACGAAGGAUCCUACGCCAAGGUGUAUCUUGCUGAAUACAAGAAUCCAAACAAGAACGAUAAGUUGUCCGUUUUAGCGUGCAAAGUUAUAGACACCAACACAGCACCUAAAGAUUUCGUGAAAAAGUUUUUACCUCGUGAAAUAGAAAUGUUGAUAAAACUAAGUCACCCGCAUCUCGUGCACACACAUAGCAUCUUUCAAAGGCGUUACAAGUAUUUCAUAUUCAUGAGAUAUAUGGAACAUGGAGACCUGUUGGAACAUAUUUUGCAAAAGGGAGCCGUGCCGGAGGACCAGGCCAGGAUAUGGACGCGGCAGCUCGCUCUAGCCAUACAGUACAUGCACGAGCUCGAAAUCGCUCACAGAGACAUAAAGUGCGAAAACGUUCUUCUAACAGCCAACCAAAAUGCAAAGCUAUCAGACUUCGGGUUCGCCCGCAUGUGUGUCGACAAAAAAUUAAAAGAUAUCCACAGUGAAACUUUCUGCGGUUCAUUAUCUUACACCGCUCCAGAAAUUUUACAAGGCUCUCCGUAUUUACCAAAACCUACCGAUAUAUGGUCGCUGGGUAUAGUUGUCUACGUCAUGCUCAACAGAGCUAUGCCAUUUGAAGACAAACACAUCAAACAGCUGUACCAGGCGCAAAUUAAUAGAAAUUGGAAGUUCCGUUCGCGCUACAUUGACACGCUAUCAGAGAAUUGCAAACAUCUUAUUACUUUAAUGUUGGAGCCUAAUUAUCAAAACAGAAUUAAAGUUGAACAAAUAAUAAACGGCGAAUGGAUUGCAAUGGAUUCUAGAUUAUUAGAGUGGACAACACAAGAAUCAUUAGCUUUUAAAAAGGCUAAAGAGCAAAGGACUCAGCUUCAAAAAAACUUGGAAGCCCUUGAAACAGCAAAAGAACCAGAGAAGGAAAAGGACAUGGCAAACAUACCAGAGACAUCCAUAAUGAAAAAUACAAUAGACGUGACCCGAGCUAGCGGCUCCACAUCUUCUUGGUGAAUGGAAUAUUUCUUGAAUGGCCUGAUUCUUUGGCAAAUUAGCAAGAUGGAGUGAAACUUCGAAAAAAGACUGAAUACUGGCAUAUUACGGCGAGUGUCAAAAGGACAGACGUCAUUAUACCAUUGAAGAUGUAAUUGAUAAU